ACUCAAACAAACUUUGUGGACGUAACUCUUUCUGUCCAAAAUAACCGGAGAAGCAGCUCCCAAACACAGCAACUCAGUUAUGGUUUGGUUCAGGAAUCUAAUUAUGAAUCCCUUACGAAAAUCUUCUUCUUCUGCUUCUCUUCACAAAGUCAAAUCCACAAUUUCCCCGUCGACCUACUCAAUGUUCACGUGUCUCUCACGUUACAGUGCGGAAGUUUCAUCCUCACAACUUGUGGUGGGGUCGGAGCUGGGGCCCACGAAUCCCGGGGAGAAGCCAAGAGUGGUGGUGCUGGGAUCAGGAUGGGCGGGGUGCCGGUUAAUGAAGGAUUUAGACACGAGUAUUUACGAUGUUGUUUGUGUUUCUCCGAGAAAUCACAUGGUUUUUACUCCGCUUUUGGCGUCCACGUGUGUUGGCACUCUGGAGUUCAGGUCAGUGGCUGAACCCAUCGGCCGGAUUCAGCCAGCUAUUUCAAGGGAGCCUGGUUCUUACUUUUUUCUUGCUAAUUGUACUGGGAUUGAUGCUGAUAAACAUUUGGUGCAUUGUGAGACUGUCACUGAUGGAGUAGACACAUUGCAUCCUUGGAAUUUUAAAAUUUCGUAUGACAAGUUGGUAAUAGCAUUGGGAGCACAAGCCUCAACCUUUGGAAUUAAAGGUGUGAAAGAGAAUGCUAUUUUUCUUCGUGAAGUUCAUCAUGCUCAGGAGAUUCGGAGGAAGCUACUUCUGAACUUGAUGCUCUCCGAUGUGCCUGGGAUAACUGAAGAAGAGAAAUGCAGACUUCUACAUUGUGUUGUUGUAGGAGGGGGGCCCACAGGAGUCGAGUUUAGUGGUGAACUUAGUGAUUUCAUAAUCAGAGAUGUUCAUCAAAGAUAUGCCCACGUGAAAGAUUAUAUUCAUGUUACUUUAAUUGAGGCAAAUGAGAUAUUAUCUUCCUUUGAUGAUCGGCUUCGUCGUUAUGCGACUAAGCAGUUGCAAAAGUCUGGAGUUCAUCUUGUGCGUGGGGUUGUUAAGGAUGUUGAGCCUGAGAAAUUGAUACUUAAUGAUGGCACAGAGGUUCCAUAUGGGUUGUUAGUCUGGUCGACAGGUGUUGGCCCCUCACCACUUGUAAAGUCACUAGACCUUCCAAAAUCACCAGGUGGCAGGAUCGGUAUCAAUGAGUGGAUGCAAGUUCCUUCUGUCCAAGAUGUGUUUGCAAUUGGUGACUGCAGUGGGUAUCUUGAUAGUACUGGUAAACCUGUCCUUCCAGCUUUGGCCCAGGUUGCAGAGCGGCAGGGUAAAUAUCUUGCAAGUCUAUUGAACAAAAUUGGCAAAGCCGGUGGUGGACAUGCAAACUGUGCAAAGGACAUGGAUUUUGGAGGACAGUUUGUGUACAGGCAUCUGGGAAGCAUGGCAACGCUUGGCCGACACAAGGCUCUUGUGGACCUAAGACAAAGCAAGGAAUCAAAAGGCAUAUCUUUGGCCGGAUUUCUCAGUUGGAUAAUCUGGCGCUCAGCAUACCUAACUCGUGUAGUUAGCUGGAGGAACAGAUUAUAUGUGGCUGUCAACUGGGCUACAACUAUUGUAUUUGGUCGUGAUAUAAGCAGAAUAUAGAUUUGAAGAGUGGUGUGAAUACCCUUUUACUUUUCUUGUGCUUCUUUUAGUCGGUGAAGUUAUACAUUCUUCUUCUUGUUGAUGUACUUCCUGAGUAUCAAAUAAGGAUUGUAGGACAUGCUAGGUUGUUCUUUGUAACCCAAAACAACAAACAACACAACAAAUAAAUAAAUUGAAAGGAUUUUAUUGAGAAA